AGGAAAAUUUGCAGCAAAGGACCAAGAUUCCAAUAUAAUGUUGGUCAUGUGGUGGUAACGGAGUCCUCUGCAACACUUGGCAGUGUUGUGGCGUUCUCAUUGACAACUACACACCAUGGAAAUCAGAAAGAAAAGCAGCAAAAAGUCAUUAGAGGCACAGCUGAAGCAUCUUCGUUCGUGCCACAUAACAACAAAUGCAAAGUGAAGUGGCAUUUGUACUUGGACAGGGCCACGACAUCUCCCACCCAUUUAACCCCACAAAGGUACCAAUUUAUUCUGUUAUUGCUUCCCCAUUUUGGAAGGCAGCAUAUCCAUCUAGCCCUCUAAUUUCUAAAUCAUGUCGAUCAGGAAACACCUUAGGCCCAAGAAAGGAAA